CUCUCCGGGGCGGUAGGGGGUUCAGCCGGCUCGCCGUCCCGCUGCGCUGUCGGGGUUGCUCCGUGGAGGCGCCGCAAUGACCGCUCUGGGCCGGAGCGAGACCGUCGAGGCAGGCCGUAACCAACAGAUGCACGGCAAGACAACUUCUCCAAAGAGCCCUGUGUCUUGCACAGAGAGAGGAGACAGGGUUCCGGAGCCCCCAGACUACAGUCUGCACUGGCCGGAAGGCUUCAAGAGUGAAGAGAUAAAGAAGUCCAGCCGAGAAGGGACACUACUGAGUAAAUAUGACCAGCAGUACCACAAGCUGUUUAAGGACAUCCCCUUGGAGGAGGUGGUUCUCAAAGUGUGCUCCUGCGCUCUGCAGAGGGACCUCCUUCUCCAGGGCCGGCUCUACAUCUCUCCCAACUGGCUCUGCUUCCAUGCCAGCCUCUUUGGCAAGGAUAUCAAGGUGGUCAUUCCUGUGGUAUCUGUUCAAACGAUCAAAAAACACAAGAUGGCACGGCUCCUCCCCAACGGACUGGCCAUCACCACCAACACCAGCAAGAAGUAUGUCUUUGUGUCACUGCUCUCCAGGGACAGUGUAUAUGACAUGCUGAGGAGGGUCUGUACCCAUCUACAGCCUUCCAGCAAGAAGAGCCUGAGUGUAAGAGAAUUUCCAGAGGCACCUGAGUGCGAGUCUCUGGAAGUCCUCAUCCCUGAGAUGAAGUGGAGAAAAGUGUGCCCUGCCUCCAGAUCCUUGUCUCUCCCGAACAACAUCCCUUGUAUCCCUCGGGCAUCCGUGGAUUCCACAGACAGCUUCUUCCCCAUCCGGAAGCCUCCAGGGUCUGAGCACACUAUUUGUGAGAACAAGCUGGAGGAGGAGCCCAAGAGCAACGAGGAGCUGAGGCUCUGGGAUUACCGGCUCCUUAAGGUCUUCUUUGUGCUGAUCUGCUUCCUGGUCUUGUCCUCAUCCUACCUGGCAUUUCGCAUCUCCCAACUGGAACAGCAGUUGUGCUCCCUGAACUGGGAUGGCCCAGUCCCUGGGCACAGGUAACAGCCACUUGGUCUUUGUCCCCACCCCUUCUCCAAGAAGAAUGCUCUGGGUGCCAAGGUUCCACCAAUGAUCCCUUGGUUUAAUGCUGCUGCUCUGCUGAGACUCAGUAUGAAGGAAAAUACUCCAGAUGCUUCCUCCUACUCUCCCCAAGUUUUCUCCCUUCUCCAAUGAGUGAUCUGAAAACCUGUUUACCAAGAAACUGGCUUCUAAAAUUCUUGGAUUCAAACAAAAGUCAGAUUUUGGACCCAGCUGUGGGAUUCUGGACACUAAACUUUAGCAAUCACUUAAAUGGAAAAAAAAAAAUUAACUUGUUCCUUGGAAACAGUCCUGGUACACAGGGCAGAGCUCGGGGGGCCACCCCAAGAGACAAAGGCCAUGCUUUGAUGCCAGGAAUGAGGCUCCCUGACUCACAUGGUUCACUGAGGGCUGAAUGGAGGGAGGUGGAAGGCAAGCUAUGAACACUGACAGGAGGGCUCCUGGCAGGUUUCCAACAAGAGCUGACUUCAUGCUCUAGGUUUAAGGCUCUGUGCUGACCCCUCAUGAGGAGGCUGGCUGAACCUGGGAGGAUGCUGCCUGCAGCAGGGGAUAAUGGCAAGGGCUAGAAAGAACGAGAGGUUCCAGAACUCUGUGUCCUUGGCUGCCACUUCCUGGUGAGACAGGCAGAGCAUGGCCUUUGAUCACUGUGGGUCACAGACCUGGUACUGGAUCUUCCCCUGGUUUGCUCAAAUGUUUCUGUGGUGCCCAGGCCCUGGAAUUAGGGGAUGGAAAGAGUGGGCAGGGUGGUGGCUUUGACUUGCUUUUGUACCCUGGAUCUCAGGCAUGCCCAACAGCACCCUGCCAGGAAGCUUGGCUUGCCUGGGCAGCCAGGCGCAAUGGUGUUAAGCCACUAAGGGCAGAGCUUCUCAUGUCACCUGCAGUCAGAGUCUUGCAGGUCAUGGAGGAGGGUCCUACACUCCACAGGCUCUUUUCUCUACAAGUAAGGUGGACGUGUCCCAGGUGGGCCUGGUGUAGUGCAGGGAUCAGGCCAGCAGGGGUCUGUCUGAUACCCUUGGGGGAAAGAAAGGUAGAGGAUAACGGUGUUCGUGGUGGUAGCUUUGACUUAGAGAGUUCUCCUUCCCUGUCAAGGCCUUCUUUAUUCUAAAAAGUGUUUCUGUGCCCCAGAACUCUGAUCUGUUCUCCCUGGGACACCAUCUGCUAAGACAGUGCCUUUGGAGGUUCACAAGGGGCCUUAGUGAGGAGGUCCAGAGGUUUCAGGAAAAGUUCACUGGUAGUGAGGGGUGUGUGUGGCAUCAGAAAUAGCCACUGUUCACUCCCUUUUCAGACAGAGGAAUGAUUAAUCAGGGAAGAAAUGCAGGUGGAAAUCAUUUACUGUGGACUCAUGAUUGUCCUGUUUAUGACAAACCCGAAUGAGGAUUGGAGGUGACAACUCUUCAGUGACCUAAGCUCAGACUGGAGGUCUCUUCAUUGUCUCCCCAUCCUGGGUUUUAGGAUUAAGUUUAAAGACUGGCCUUGUGGGUUGCUAACAUCUAAUUUGUACGUCUGAAGUGAAACUCACUUUUCUCUUUCUCCCUGACGUGCCACACUGGAUGGAUAUCCAUCCUUUUUUUUUAGAACCAGCCCCCUUCGUCACUCCUUUCCAUCAUAAUUUCAGGGAAAUAAUCCUUCUUGCCCCAAUAUUUCCCCUCCCUGGUCCUUGCUGAAAAGCAGGGAGAACAAAUCAUUCCUCUGAGCCUUGCUAGGUUGAGCCAGAGGCCAUGAGAAGUGCUAAGUCAUGGGCAGCUGUGCUACGAUGCUGGUGAACUUGGUUUCCAGCCCAUCUCCAGGCUAAGAAAGGGUGAGAGGUUUGCUGUAGAGUAGGUGGUUUUGAAGGACCUCUUGGGGCCCAGGACUUUGAGUGAGUGUAUUCUUCUGGAGGGUCCUCUUGCAGUUCCUCCCUUUUGUCCCCCCAGCCCGGUCCUCUGGGGACCAGUGUUUCUUCUUUUGUGCUCAUUUAUAAACUAUAUAUAUUUAUACAGAACUGCUUGCAUUGGCUGAUGAUCUUCUAAUUCCCUGAGAGUUUGAUUCAACCACCCUUGGGUUGUUCCAGUAUGGCAUUAGCCUGUGAAAAUAUUUUUAAAUAAAAAUUUUGAUUUUUCUAGUG